CCGUGGCGGCGGGAGCGGCCGUGGCCAUGGACCGCGGAGCGGGGCCCGCGCUCGCCGCGCUCCUCGCCCUGGUGCUGGCCGUGCUCCACCGCGCCGAGCCCGCCGCCGCUCUGCAGUGUAUGGAUGACUCCAAGCCAUGUGUUAAUGAGGGAAAGUGCAUUCCAUAUCAAAAUGGUACAGGAUAUUGCAAGUGCCGAGAAGGCUUCCUUGGAGACUACUGUCAGUACAGAAACCCCUGUGAGAGCAAUACCUGUAAGAACGGCGGUACCUGUGAAGCUGCAUCCCUGAUAGGAAAGCCGACCUGCAAGUGUGCUCCAGGAUUCACGGGGGAGGAGUGUCAGUACUCAGAAUCUCACCUCUGCUACGUGUCCCAGCCCUGCCUGAACGGGGGCACUUGUCACCCCCACGGCCAGGACACGUACGAGUGCGUCUGUCUUCCAGGCUUCACAGGAAAGGAAUGCCAGUGGAUUGAUGCCUGCACGUCCCAACCGUGUGCCAAUGGAAGUACGUGCACCGUGUCUGGAAAUAAGUUCUCCUGCACCUGCCUGGCAGGCUACACCGGCCAGAGGUGCGAGACAGACGUGAAUGAGUGUGCCACGCCGGGGCUGUGCCAGCACGGUGGCACCUGUGUCAACCUGCCCGGCUCGCACCGCUGCCAGUGCCGGCCGGGCUACACCGGCCCCCGCUGCGAGAGCCUCUACGUGCCCUGCUCGCCGUCACCCUGCCUGAACGGGGGCACCUGCCACCAAACCAGCGACUUCACCUUCGAGUGCAACUGCCUGCCAGGUUUCGAGGGAAGCGUCUGCGGACACAACGUGGACGACUGCCCCAACCACAAGUGCCUGAACGGGGGCGUGUGCGUGGACGGGGUGAACACCUACAACUGCCGCUGCCCGCCCCAGUGGACAGGCCAGUUUUGCACCGAGGAUGUGGAUGAGUGCCAGCUCCAGCCCAAUGCCUGCCAGAACGGGGGCACCUGCACCAACCACAACGGGGGCUACGCCUGUGUCUGCGUCAACGGCUGGAGCGGCGACGACUGCAGCAAGAACAUCGACGACUGCUUCACUGCCUCCUGUGCCAACGGCUCCACCUGCAUCGACAGGGUGGCUUCCUUCUCCUGCAUUUGUCCAGAGGGGAAGGCAGGUCUUCUGUGCCACUUGGAUGAUGCCUGUGUUAGCAAUCCGUGCCAGAAAGGUGCUCUCUGUGACACCAACCCUGUGAAUGGAAACUACAUCUGCACCUGUCCCCAGGGCCAUAAGGGAGCAGACUGCACUGAGGAUGUGGAUGAAUGUGCAAUGGCAAACAGCAAUCCGUGUGAGCACGCCGGGAAAUGUGUCAACACCGAGGGCUCUUUCCACUGUGAGUGCCUGAAGGGCUACACAGGGCCUCGCUGUGAGAUGGACAUCAAUGAAUGCCACUCAAACCCGUGCCAGAACGAUGCCACCUGCCUGGAUAAAAUUGGAGGAUUCACCUGUCUCUGUAUGCCAGGUUUUAAAGGAGUUCACUGUGAAGAAGAUAUUGAUGAAUGCCUGAGUAAUCCCUGUGUGAACAAUGGAGUGUGUCUUGAUAAAGUCAAUCGCUUCCUCUGUGUCUGCCCUCCUGGGUUCAGUGGGGCCGUGUGCCAGAUUGACAUAGACGACUGUUCCAGCACGCCGUGUCUCAAUGGAGCCAAGUGCAUUGACCACCCCAAUGGCUACGAGUGCCAGUGUGCCACAGGUUUUACUGGCCUUCUGUGUGAGGAGAACAUCAACAACUGUGACCCUGAUCCCUGCCACCACGGGGAAUGCCAGGAUGGCAUAGAUUCAUACACCUGCAUCUGCAACCCUGGCUACAUGGGUGCCAUAUGCAGUGAGCAGAUUGACGAGUGCCACAGCAGUCCUUGCCUCAACCAAGGGCGCUGCAUCGACCUGGUCAAUGGCUACCAGUGCAACUGCCUGCUGGGCACCUCAGGAAUAAACUGUGAGAAUAACUUUGACGACUGUGCCAGUAACCCGUGCGUGCGUGGGACCUGUGUAGAUGGCAUUAAUCGCUACAACUGCACCUGUGAACCUGGAUUUACAGGCCCCCGAUGCAACGUGGACAUCGAUGAGUGCACGUCCAGCCCCUGCCACAACGGCGGCACGUGCAUCAACGAGGUGAACGGCUUCCGCUGCGUGUGCCCCGAGGGCUUCCACCACCCGCACUGCCAGCCCCAGGCCGACGGCUGCCUCAGCAGCCCCUGUGUGCACGGCAACUGCACACCCACUGCCACCGGGUACAAGUGUGUCUGUGACCCAGGCUGGAUAGGAGAUUAUUGUUCAACAGAAGGGAAUGAAUGUAAAUCAAACCCAUGCCAGAAUGGAGGAACAUGUGAGGAUCUGUUGAAUGGAUACAGAUGUACCUGCAGGAAGGGAUUCAAAGGUGUGAACUGCCAGGUAGUGGUUUCUCCUUGUUCCCCUAAUCCUUGCGAGAACUCGGGAAUCUGCCAAGAAUCUCCUGACUCUGAAGGCUACACCUGCCAGUGUGCUCCUGGCUGGGAAGGGGAAAGAUGCACAGUGGAUAUUGAUGAGUGUCUCUCCAAGCCCUGCAAGAACCACGCCCUGUGCCACAACAUCCAGGGCAGUUACCUGUGCGAGUGCCGGCCCGGCUUCACCGGCGGCGACUGCGACAGCAACAUCGACGACUGCCUGGCCAAAUUCAGCCCCCAAGAGAGAGCAGCUUCUGGGAUGAGCAGUUUAGUGUUUGAUGAGCAGGGUAGUGCUGGCAUCUCUGCCUCAUUGCAGUCGGAAUUUCGAUAUUUCAAGCUCAUUUCCCUGCUCUGGGAGUUCAGGGAGUGCUUCUUCAGCCAGAAGUUAGCAGUGAUCAAAAGAUCCUGUUAUCUGCUUUUCUCCCUUAGUUCAGUCAUGUUUCUGUUCCCUUUUGUCUGUGAGCUAAUUGCAUUUUGUCUCAGCUUACCUUUCUUGCUCCUGCCUUGCAGCUCCUGUUUCAAUGGAGGCACUUGUGUGGAUGGAGUCAAUUCCUUCACCUGCCAGUGCCCCCUGGGCUUCACGGGCCCCUUCUGCCUGACAGAAAUCAACGAGUGUGACUCCCACCCCUGCCUCAACAGGGGCACCUGUGUGGACAGCCUGGGCACAUACAGGUGUAUCUGUCCCUUGGGCUACACUGGCAAGAACUGCAAGUCUCUGGUGGAUCUGUGCAGCAAGUCUCCCUGCAAGAACAAGGGCACCUGUGUGCAGACUCUGGCCCAGACCCGCUGCCUGUGCCCGCCCAGCUGGACCGGCGCCUACUGCGACGUGCCCAACGUCUCGUGCCAGGUGGCAGCUUCACAGAGAGGAGUCCCCGUGGACCAGCUGUGCCAGCACUCUGGUCACUGCCUCAACGUGGGGAACAGCCACCACUGCCAGUGCCAGGUGGGCUACACGGGCAGCUACUGCGAGGUGCAGCUGGAUGAGUGUGACUCCAGCCCCUGCCAGAACGGAGCCACCUGCCGGGACCACCUGGGCGGAUACCAGUGCGAGUGUGUGGCUGGAUACCAGGGGGUCAACUGCGAGUACGAGGUGGAUGAGUGCCAGUUCCAGCCCUGCCAGAAUGGAGGCACCUGCAUCGACCUGGUCAAUCACUUCAAGUGCUCCUGCCCACCAGGAACCCGGGGCCGGCUCUGUGAGGAGAACGUGGAUGACUGCAUCUCGGACUCGGGGGCUCCACGCUGCUUCAACGGGGGGCAGUGCCUUGACCAGAUCGGGGGGUUCAGCUGCCUGUGUCCCCAGGGCUUUGCGGGGGAGCGCUGCGAGGGCGACAUCAACGAGUGCCUCUCCAACCCCUGCAGCCCACGCGGGAGCCUGGACUGCGUGCAGCUCAGAAAUGACUACAGGUGCAUCUGCCGAAGCGCUUUCACUGGCCGUCACUGUGAGAGUGUCAUCGACGUGUGUCCGCGCAAGCCGUGCCAGAACGGUGGCACCUGCGCGGUGGCCAGCAACAUGCCCGAUGGCUUCAUCUGCCAGUGCCCCCCGGGUUAUUCUGGAGCCAAAUGUGAGUUCAACAGCCACAGUACCUGUGGACAAGUGAAAUGCAAGAAGGGAGAGCAGUGCAUCCAAACGUCUUCUGGUCCUCGGUGCUAUUGCCCCAAGCUGUCUGUGGGAGAGGAAUGCCAGACACACCCAGGCUGUGCCAGUGCCCCCUGCCAGAACGGGGGCAGCUGCCACCCUCAUUCUCAGCCUCCUUACUAUUACUGCCAGUGCCCUGCUCACACCCAGGGCAGCCACUGUGAGCAGCCCGUAACGUUCAGCCCGGAGCCCCGAAGAUGCCUGGAUUCCCAGUGUGCAGAAAAAGCCAGGGAUGGCUAUUGUGAUGAGGACUGUAACACCCAUGCGUGCCAGUGGGAUGGAGGCGACUGCUCCCUGACUGUGGAGGAUCCUUGGGCCAACUGCUCCUCCUCCCUGCCCUGCUGGAUGCUUUUCAAUGGGCAGUGUGACGAGUUCUGCAACACGCCCGAGUGCCUGUUUGACAACUUUGAGUGUCAGCAAAAUAGCAGGACGUGCAAGUAUGACAAGUACUGUGCGGAUCACUACGCGGACGGGCGCUGCGACCAGGGCUGCAACAGCGAGGAGUGCGGCUGGGACGGGCUGGACUGCGCCGGCGACAAGGCCGAGAAGCUGGCGGAGGGCACCCUCAUCAUCGUGGUCCUGAUGCCCCCUGAUGAGCUGCUGGAGGACAUCCGCAGCUUCCUGCGCACCCUGGGGACGCUGCUGCACACCAACCUGAGGAUUAAGCUGGACUCCCAGGGGAACCCCAUGGUGUUCCCGUACUAUGGGGAGAAAUCGGCGGCGCGGAGCCGUCGGUCGCUCGUGGUGGUUCGCAAGCACAGAGAGCUGGAGCAAGAGGUCAUUGGCACCAAGGUGUUCCUGGAGAUCGACAACCGCCAGUGUGCAGAGGACUCAGAGCAAUGCUUUCACAACACAGAAGCUGCUGCAGCUCUCUUAGCUGCUCAGGCCAUCAAGGGCAUGCUGCCCUAUCCUUUUGUGUCUGUCCAAAGUGAGCCCUUGUUACCACCAAAGACCCAGCUGCUUUACCUGCUUGCUGUGGCAGCUUUGAUCAUCCUGCUGAUCCUCCUGCUGGGGGUGAUGAUGGCCAAGCGCAAGCGCAAGCACGGCUCCCUGUGGCUCCCUGAGGGCUUCAUCCUGCGCAGGGAUCCCAGCAACCACAAACGCAGGGAGCCUGUUGGGGAGGACGCUGUCGGACUCAAAAAUUUGUCAGUCCAGAUACCAGAGGGUAACCUGGCCGACCCUGGGACAACUGAGCACUGGGCAGGUGAUGGUGGACCUCAGCCAAAGAGAGCCAAGGCUGAGGACCAGGCCUUGCUGCCAGAAGGGGACGAGCAGAUCGACCAGCGCCAGUGGACACAGCAGCACCUGGAAGCAGCAGAUGUCUGCGGCAGCACCUCCCUGGCUCUCACCCCCCCUCAGGCUGAUCAGGAAGUGGAUGUGCUGGAUGUCAACGUCAGGGGGCCAGACGGCUGCACUCCGCUGAUGCUGGCAUCUCUGCGUGCGGGCGGCUCCGACAUCAGCGAGGAUGAUGAGGACGGGGAGGACUCCUCAGCAAACAUCAUCACAGAUCUGAUCUACCAGGGGGCCAACCUGCAGGCGCAGACAGACCGCACCGGGGAGAUGGCUCUGCACCUGGCAGCCCGCUACUCCCGAGCCGACGCUGCCAAGCGGCUCCUGGAUGCCGGGGCCGAUGCCAAUGCCCGAGACAACAUGGGACGGACCCCUCUGCACGCAGCCGUGGCUGCUGACGCCCAGGGGGUUUUCCAGAUCCUGAUCCGUAACAGAGUGACAGACUUGGACGCUCGGAUGAACGAUGGGACGACCCCGUUGAUUCUGGCUGCACGUCUGGCUGUGGAAGGGAUGGUGGCCGAGCUCAUCAAUUGCCAGGCUGAUGUCAACGCCGUGGAUGACCACGGUAAAUCUGCUCUUCACUGGGCUGCUGCUGUCAACAAUGUGGAAGCAACACUAGUACUGCUGAAAAAUGGAGCCAACAGAGACAUGCAGGAUAACAAGGAGGAGACUCCACUCUUCCUCGCUGCUCGGGAAGGCAGCUUUGAAGCAGCAAAAAUCUUGCUGGACCAUUUUGCCAACCGAGACAUCACGGACCACAUGGACCGGCUGCCCCGGGACGUGGCCCAGGACCGGAUGCACCAUGACAUCGUGCAGCUCCUCAACGAGUACAACGUGGCCCACAGCCCCGCUGGGCACCCCGGGGCCAUGCUGAACUCUGCCCUCUCCCCUGUCAUCUGUGGCCCCAACCGGUCCUUCCUCAACCUGAAACACGCGUCACUAAGCAAGAAGUCACGAAAACCGAAUGCCAAAGGCAUGCCCGCCAGCCUCACCAAAGAUGCAAAGAGGAGAAGGAAGAAGUCCCUCAGCGAGGGCAAAGGGCAGUUUUCAGAGAGCUCCGUGACCCUGUCACCGGUGGAUUCCCUGGAGUCUCCCCACGCUUUUGCAUCUGAACCAACCUCCUCUCCUGUGAUGCCGUCACCGGGGGUGCUGCACUCGUCGCCCAGCUCGCUGCUGACGGCUCCGUCGGUGCAGGCUGCCCACACCAUGUCCUUCUCCAACCUGCAUGAGAUGCAGCCCCUGGGCCGUGGCUCCAGCACGGUGCUCCCCUCCGUCAGCCAGCUGCUGUCUCAGCACAGAACCACCCCUCCCAACAGCGGGCUUGGCAGGCUGCGGCCAGGCAACGUGUCCACCGAGUGGAUGAACCGCAUGGAGGUGAACGAGUCCCAGUACAACGAGAUGUUCGGCAUGGUGCCCCAGGUGAUGCAUUCCCACCCCAGCGUUUCUCAGCAGAGCGGCUUGGUUCAAGCGGACGCGAAGCACCUGGGGGUGUCCAGGGAGUCUUUGCCCCCCAUCAUGACUUUCCAGCUGGUUCCCAAGGGCAGCAUAAACCAGCAAGCACUGCCGCAGCAGGCCCAGUCAAACUGCGCUCAGAACAUGGCUGGCCCUCUUAGCUCCAUGUACCAGAUCCCAGAUCUAGCCCAGCUGCCCAGCGCCUCGUUCUCCAUGGCUGCCAUCCCUCAGCAGGACGGCCAGGUGGCUCAGACGGUCCUCCCGGCCUACCACCAGUUCCAGAGCUCAAUGGGGAAGUACCCCACGCCUCCCUCCCAGCACAGCUGCUACUCCUCGGCCACAGAACGGACUCCUAGCCACAACCGGCACUUACAAGGGGAGCACCCGUACCUGACUCCGUCGCCCGAAUCUCCGGACCAGUGGUCAAGCUCUUCCCCCCACUCUGCCUCUGACUGGUCUGACGUGGCGACCAGCCCCAGCAACAACCAGCGCGGGCCAGCGGCCGCCCACAUGCCGGAGCAGCAGCGGAACAACAUGCAGGUGUACGCCUGAAGGCUGCCCGUGGGUCAGCCCCACUAAAGCGGACUCCAGAACUCAUGAAGGUCUUCCAGGAUGGAAAUGAAGAACCAUUUUAGUAUCCAAGAGUCUUAAUGAGCCCAGGAUGUUCUUUCGUUGGAGGGACCGUGGUCGCUGUAGACUUGUAUGCUUUCAUGCUAGAUCGAGAACUGUAGAAGCUGGUGAUGGAGAAGACCAGCUGGGUCACUUCUGACCAACUGGACGUGACUGCUGUCUGCACUGGAUUCUCCAGUCUGCUUUUAGACUCGUUCCACCAUUGCUUUGGGGAGACAGCUCUUCAGCCUAAUACAUCUUGUGGUCAUUUCUCCAGAAAUUUAGCCAAAACCAGCUUUGUAUCCUUAUUUUGUUACUCCUCCUGUUACCCAUGUAACCUCUCUCUGAAGCACCUUCUACUAGUUCUCCUCGAGUUCAAGUUGCCUUUUUUUGACACAGCUCAGAGCUGCACCCACAUUCCUAGCCUCCCUCCUUCCCUUGUCCACUCUUGCUCAGCAAGCAAGCCGGACCUCCCUAAACACCUGCAGGUCAAGUGACGCCUCCUGUCACGCAGCUUCACCCUUUCCUCCUCAGGAGUCUUUGCCUUGUAGAGACCUACUAACACCCCUUAGUGUUCUCACUGCCUGCUCCCCAGGUAUUAUGAGAUUAUAUAUACAUAUAGUCUUUUUAGGUUGUUUGUUUUGUUAUUUUCCCUCCCAAAAACGCUGGUCUGACCUGGUCUUCCCACCACGGUGGCCUGUGGGCCCAUCUCUUCCCCGAGACACCCCUGACCAUUUUGACACACUACCCUCCCCGUGCCCCCAUCCUGCCAGGAGUGUCCAUGACCAUCUCUGUGGGCUCCCAUGCCAGAAGAGAUGCACUGCAACUGAUACAGGCCUUUUGGGAUGAGCACGAGUGUUUCAAAAACUGGUAACACAAGCUCCCAGCGUUCUUGCACAGAAGUCCCCUCCCCUCCAUCCAAGGGUGGCUGUGUGUCCUGUCCUCCAGAUACCAUAUGCUGCCUCUUUAUGGUAUUAUCAACAAGUGCCAAACGUGUGGUUACAUGUUUGCGGUGUGUGCCCUUCUGCGUCAGGAACGUCGUCCAGCCCUUUGAAAAGUGUCCCUUUUGCUGCAGCCCUGGAUCACAGCUGCCUGUCCUCCCUUCGCAGCGCACGGAGGUCGCAGCACUGACUGCCCCGCAGGCCUCCAGCAGCCAGGAGCUGGGCUGUGGCAGCAGACCAAAUAGCUCAGAAACCAUUGCCUCCUGCAGCUUGGUGCACAGCUUUGGGGCUGUCCUCUGCGGAGGUCACCCAGCUGAGGUGUCCGUGUGCUCUGUGGGACAGCAGGGCCGCUCGUGGUGCGGCUGCCCCCAGUGUUUGGAGCUGUGGAAGCCAGCUGUCACUGACCUUAGGCACACAGCCGCCCUUUCUGCUUUGUCCACUAGAGCAGCGCUUCUCCAAAGGGCUCCAGACCAGCCAGCAGCCGAAGUGAACCUUGUGGGGAUGGUUUGCUCCUGCCUCUUCAGGGGAGUGCUGCAGACACGUCUUCCAAAGAGCUUGGGGUGCCGGCUGCUGCCAAAGGACUGAAGGCCGCUCCCCGCGAGCCGCCCAUCCAACACCCUACCGUGUACAGUAUUGUCUCUGCUGUUCCCUUCCAUUCUAAUCAAGAGUCAAAGUUGCUUUGCUUUUUUUGCUUUUUUUGUUUGUUUUGUUUUCCAAUUCCACUCAAUGGUACAUGAAGGCAGGGCCUCAGGAGGAGCUGGUUCCCGGGGCCAUCGCUUUGGGCUGAAGUUUUUAGUUUUCAGCUGUGUGUGAAUUUGCCACUUUUCCCGGCGCGCACAGCGUUCCCCGGCACGCUGGCUGCAGCUGACUCAGACCUCCAGGGGGUCUGUCCAGGUACACCUUUCACUGCAAAUAAUGAAGUGUUGCUACAUCCAUGCUAAAGAAACAAAGGGCUUUUGCUCGUUAGCUCCAAAUAACCAAGUGCCUUUUUAUAUAUGUGGCUACCUUUUACAAGAUGAGUGCUUUCUGUGGAAUGAAGCCGGUUCUGUGCCUGGCUGUUAAUACGAUGGCCCUCUGCCUUUCUUCUCUAUUUUUUUUUUUAAACUACUUGUAAAGAUAAUAUCUCCUUAAGGUGGUAUUUUAUCUCGUAAGUUGUAGAGUAACCAUUCACACAGCAGCAUUUUCCUAUAUUAAUAAUGGAAAAUAUUUGCUUAUUUUUACAUUUUUUAUAAAAGUCUUUUAUGAAAAUAGUUGCUGCCAAAUGUAUAAGCAAUUUUUAUCCCCAGAAUAAAAAGUAUGUGCCCAUUGUC